AUGUUGGGCUCUGGACGAAGAACUGCCGACAAGUGGAGGGCGGGGGAGAGACUCCAAUGCCCAGCGGGCCAUGCGCGGGUGGCGCUUGCGCGAUGCACGGACGGGGGGGCGGUCGAGCCAUUUAAAUGUGUGUUUGUGGGUGAAAUGGCUGCGCAGGUCGGAGCGGUGCGCGUAGUACGGGCGGUGGCGGCGCAAGAGGAGCCGGACAAAGAAGGAAAGGAGAAACCUCAUGCCGGGGUCUCACCGCGGGGAGUGAAGAGGCAACGCCGAACAAGCAGUGGGGGAUCUCAGGAGAAGCGGGGGCGGCCGAGCCAGGAGCCCCCUGUCGCUCCCCCUCACCGGCGGCGUCGCAGCCGCCAACAUCCCGGGCCGCUGCCGCCAACGAAUUCAGCCCCGACUGUCCCAGGCCCUGUUGAGCCUCUGCUCCUGCCGCCUCCGCCGCCACCUUCGCUUUCGUCCGCCGGGCCCGCUGUCGCUGCCCCGCUCCCGGCUCCAGGCACCUCGGCCCUCUUCACCUUCUCGCCCCUGACUGUGAGCGCGGCCGGGCCCAAGCAUAAGGGCCACAAGGAGCGGCACAAGCACCAUCACCACCGCGGCUCCGAUGGUGAUUCCAGCUCCUGCGUUCCGGGCGAUCUCAAGCACAAGGACAAGCAGGAAAACGGCGAGAGAACUGGAGGGGUGCCUGUGAUCAAGGCCCCCAAGAGAGAAACAUCAGACGAAAAUGGUAAAACCCAGAGAGCUGAUGAUUUUGUCUUGAAGAAAAUAAAGAAGAAAAAGAAAAAGAAACACCGAGAAGACAUGCGAGGAAGACGCCUUAAAAUGUACAAUAAGGAAGUACAAACCGUCUGUGCUGGCCUGACCCGCAUCAGUAAGGAAAUUCUCACUCAAGGACAAAUGAAUAGCACUUCAGGAGUUAAUAAGGAGUCCUUCAGGUAUCUGAAAGAUGAACAGCUGUGCCGAUUAAACUUGGGCAUGCAAGAAUAUCGGGUACCCCAGGGAGUACAAACACCUUUUAUGACUCACCAGGAACAUUCUAUUCGUAGAAAUUUCUUAAAAACAGGUACUAAAUUUAGCAACUUUAUUCAUGAGGAACACCAGUCCAAUGGUGGUGCUCUUGUCCUUCAUGCUUACAUGGAUGAACUCUCAUUUUUGUCUCCAAUGGAGAUGGAGAGAUUUUCUGAGGAGUUUCUUGCUUUGACAUUCAGUGAAAAUGAGAAAAAUGCUGCUUACUAUGCUUUAGCGAUAGUACAUGGAGCGGCUGCUUAUCUCCCAGACUUCUUGGAUUACUUUGCUUUUAAUUUCCCCAACACCCCAGUGAAAAUGGAAAUUCUGGGCAAGAAAGAUAUUGAAACAACAACCAUUUCAAAUUUUCACACUCAGGUCAACAGGACAUACUGCUGUGGCACCUACCGAGCAGGUCCUAUGCGGCAGAUAAGUCUUGUUGGAGCAGUAGAUGAAGAAGUUGGUGAUUAUUUCCCAGAGUUCCUUGAUAUGUUAGAAGAAUCACCAUUUCUGAAAAUGACUUUGCCCUGGGGUACACUUUCCAGUCUCCGACUCCAGUGUAGGUCUCAGAGUGAUGAUGGACCUAUAAUGUGGGUAAGGCCAGGAGAACAGAUGAUCCCUACAGCAGAUAUGCCAAAGUCACCCUUCAAAAGACGACGAUCAAUGAAUGAAAUAAAAAAUCUCCAGUACCUUCCUCGGACCAGUGAACCCCGUGAAGUUCUCUUUGAAGAUAGGACAAGAGCUCAUGCUGAUCAUGUAGGUCAGGGGUUUGACUGGCAGAGUACAGCUGCUGUUGGGGUUUUGAAAGCUGUACAGUUUGGUGAAUGGAGUGAUCAACCUCGCAUAACCAAAGAUGUGAUCUGUUUUCAUGCUGAGGAUUUUACUGAUGUUGUACAGAGACUUCAGUUAGACCUUCAUGAACCUCCAGUUUCCCAGUGUGUACAGUGGGUGGAUGAAGCCAAACUAAACCAAAUGAGGCGGGAAGGCAUUCGUUAUGCUAGAAUUCAGCUAUGCGACAAUGAUAUCUACUUCAUCCCUAGAAAUGUCAUUCAUCAGUUCAAAACAGUGUCAGCAGUGUGCAGCUUAGCUUGGCAUAUAAGACUUAAACAGUACCACCCGGUUGUGGAAACCACUCAAAACACAGACAGCAAUUCUAACAUGGAUUGUGGGUUAACUGGAAAGCGAGAAUUAGAAGUAGACUCCCAAUGUGUUAGGAUAAAAACUGAAUCUGAAGAAACAUGCACAGAGAUGCAGCUUUUGACAACUGCUUCAUCAUCCUUCUCACCUUCAUCAGAACUUCAUCCACAGCAAGAUCAGAAGACUCAUCCUAGUCCAGUUUUAAAGGUGGAAAGUAGACUGGACUCUGACCAGCAAAACAAUCUGCAAGAACAUUCAAGCACUCCUGUGUGAUAUAUGCAAUUUCACCAUCUCCCACUUGCCAUCCAGCAGAUGCCAUCUGUCAUCUAAGCUGGUCAUUGCUAAUAAACAAGGAGACUGUCUCCUGACAGCCAGCACUGUGUAUAAUCACUCAGGAACCAGCGGAUCUGCAAAGACCUACAAUCAAAAGCAAAUCCCCAUUUUCCUUUUAUAAAACAUUCUACCCUCACCUCCAGUAUAAACACAGUAAAAGAAUAUAAAAAAAUGUUUAAAAUCAUGUACUAAUAAAUUCAUUGUAUGUUAGAAUUGCAAUAGAAUGGAGAGAAACAUUUAGCUAAUAAUAUACCUGGAAACUGUCCUAUGUGAGUGAGUAUUAGAUUUUAAUAGCAUGCUUUAAAGACUGAUGAAUAUAAAGGCAGAAGUUUUGCAUUUCUUACUGCUUUCAAAGAUGUAUCCUAGUUUAGUGAUACAAAUGAUUGCAACUUUUAAAAUUAUUAAAUUAUUUGGUUUGGUGGAGUGAGGCAUGGAGCAAUCUGGCAUCUUCUGAUUUGUAAAGUAGUGAUGGCAGUGAAGAUGUAACUGAAAUUUAAGCUGAUCUUCCUUUUUGGUAUCCAUUGUGCCAACUCUUGAGAUUACUUGCAGAAUGUGGUUAUAAGUUUUAGUAUUUUGUGGAGCAGAGGGAUAUUUUUUAAAUGUGCUUAUGGAAAGGACCCAAUAAAUGAAUAUUCUUAAUUUAGUUAAGUAGAAUGAUUUUAGUUAUCCAUUAAAAAGUAUAAAAGUCUUCCCCCUGCCCCUGAAGUCAUUCUCUAAUUACUAAGCUAUGCUAGGAGUAGGAUUAUGUUUCAAGGAGGUAUCCCAAAUUCAUAAAGCAAUAAUAAUAAAAACCUACAUACUAGUCCCCCCCUCCAAAGUCUUAACUCUAUAAAAAUGAAUUCCUAGGCUUAAUUGUACUUUUAAUUUGCUUAUUCAGUACUUAGAAUUUGUUUAACUGGUACUUUAUUAUUUUUAAUUAAAGACUUUAAAAAGUGCCCUUUACCCUUAAGAGACAUUUGGAAUAUCAGCUGACCAAUACUACAAGCUCUUGUAGGGGGAAAAGGAGCUUAUUAUAUAAAAUUCUUUGCUAAACCUUAGGAAAAGAUGCCUCGCAUCAAUCUUAGUAGACAUAAAGGUCACACUUAAUGGCUGGAGAAACUUUUGCUUAUUGCCUUUCCCUAUAUAAAUAUUAUUGUCUAGAAUGAAAGCUAAUAUAGGAACAAGACUCCAAAACCCAUGAAAACCCUUAGUGAAUAUAUUCUUAAUCAUUAAUGUUAGUCCAUUAUAUUUUCAUCUGUAUUUGCCAUUAAAAAUUUGCAUUUACGCCUUUAGGAUAUUUGAGUUUGUGUCUAAUAAAUGUUUUAUUAUUGCUACAGUUUUUUAAAAAAGAACUUUUCACUAGCACAUGCCAGAGAUUCACAUUUGUGCUAAGUUAUAUGUUUUGAAAACAGGUUGUAGUUAUAUUUAUUGGUCAUGCAAGUAGAGGAAGUGCACAAUACAAACAUUUUUCUUUGGCACAUAGGGGACCCAUCCUCAUCCUGAGAGUUUGUUGCUUUAAAAGCAAGUAUCUCUCCAUAAAUAUUAUGGCCUUCCAUUUUCUUCACACAUUUUUUGGAAUCCACUUGUGCAUGUUGUUGAGAGCGCUGUCUUUUAAAAUAUAGCACUUUUCAAUUCCCUCUAAAGAAAUACUUAUGUACUACUUCUAUCACAUGUUGUAAAUUUUCACGUAAUAGUGUUUUCUGUGACUAAACUCCAUUUUGAUUGGCAGCUUAGACUUUUUUUCUUGUGGCUUUAAUUUAUCUAAGAGGUCUUUGCAUAUAGAUGAAAUGUAUAAUUUGCCUGGCGGACUAUUUGCGUUGUGUGGCCUUAGUUUGUUUAUUGAUAUUAACGAGUGUUUAAAAAAGGUUUUUAAUGAAUAGUCUUAAAUCUAAAUUUGUGUGAAUAAUAAUCCUUUUAACACAGUGCUUUUUUGUAGCUGUCUGAGCGUGUUAAAUUGUUAAGCUAUUUCUUUGUAAAAUAGGACAAUGGAAUGCAUAGAAUUUUUUUUCCUGUAAAGUAUUUUUUUAAUAAACAAAGUCUGAUUUGUCCUUUA